UUCAGUCUACCCUCGAUACUUUCUGCUUUGACCUUUUUUUCGAGCCCAUUUGGCCCGGCCCAUUCGAAUCGUCUCUCUCCUCUCUCCACACAUUCAAAGCUAGAAUCCGCUCGCCCCAGCGGCAAACCAUUCAGUGCAAUUCAGUUCAGUUCAUUUCGUCCUAUUCCCCAUCUCCCUUUGUUCCUUGCAUCAUCUCGUGUCGACCGCAAACAGCGCCUUUCACCUGGAUCAUCUCGUCCUGUCCUUGGUUGUUCGCCUUUCAACAAAUCCAAUUCUCGCGACGUACGGAUCUUCAUUCACGACGACAAGUCCCGGUCAAGAGAUAUCAUUAUCAGGGAGCGCAUCUUGAACUCUAAUCAUAAUGGCUGCGAACACAAAGUUCCUGCGAGAGUACAAGCUCGUUGUUGUAGGCGGCGGUGGUGUCGGCAAAUCCUGCUUGACUAUUCAGUUGAUCCAGAGCCAUUUCGUCGACGAGUAUGACCCCACGAUCGAAGACUCGUACCGAAAGCAGUGUGUCAUUGAUGAGGAGGUCGCACUGCUCGAUGUCCUCGACACAGCCGGCCAAGAGGAGUAUAGCGCCAUGCGCGAGCAGUACAUGCGAACCGGAGAGGGAUUUCUGCUAGUCUAUUCGAUUACUUCGCGACAAAGUUUUGAGGAAAUCACCACCUUCCAGCAACAGAUUCUGCGAGUCAAGGAUAAGGACUAUUUCCCCAUGGUCGUUGUUGGCAACAAGUGCGAUCUGGAAGGUGACCGAGACGUGUCACGACAGGAGGGAGAGGCACUUGCAAGGUCGUUCGGUUGCAAGUUUAUCGAAACAUCCGCCAAGUCCCGAAUCAACGUCGACAAGGCCUUUUACGAUAUCGUACGAGAGAUCCGAAGAUAUAACCGUGAGAUGCAAGGCUACUCAACUGGCAGCGGCGGCACUUCAGGCGCGAACGGUCCCCCAAAGCCCAUGGAUAUGGACAACGGCGAGCAAGAAGCUGGAUGUUGUGCCAAAUGUGUGCUGAUGUAAAGGGAAUAAUAUCUAAAGGCGAAAGGGCGUACAUCUCGAGACGAGGCGGGAUGCGAUCGGCAGGAUAUACCCGAUAUGUCCGGUUUCUGUCAACUGCACGCGACACGAUGUGAGGAUGCAAUAUAACCAAUAGGCUUUAGGAAGAGCACGGAGAUGAA